CACAGGCAGAGGGAGAAGCAGGCUCCAUGCAGGGAGCCUGACGUGGGACUCAAUCCCGGGUCUCCCGGAUCACACCCCAGGCUGCAGGCAGCACUAAACCACUGCGCCACCGGGACUGCCCUGUAAUUAGUACAAUUUAAAUAGAAAAUCUAGGACUCCAAAGCUCCAAAUCCUUCCCAUUAGGUCACACAGACUGUGGGUUUUUUAAAAGAAACAUAUGGUAAGAGAAAGUAUUUAUUUUUUUAAAAGAUUUUUUUCAUUUAUCUGAGAGAGCACGCACAAACGGGGAGGCGGAGAGGGAGAGGGAGAAGCAGAUUCCUCACUUAGCAGGGAGCCCCAGGAUACCAUGGGGCUCAGUCCUGGACCCUGGGAUCAUGACCUGAGCCAAAGACAAACCUGACUGAGCCACCCAGACGCCCCUAAAAGGAAGUAUUUAGAAAGAUUAAGUCCAUAUGAUGUAUUAAAGUGGGCUGGAGGGAAGGACAGCAAUUGGAAAGCUAUUAUAAAAGGCAUUAAGGAUGUCAUGUAAGAUAGUGACAAUACGCAUAUGGUGUACCUGUUUAGAGGUGGGGGGUGUGCGGGGAGGAAAGAGAUGCUUGUAGUUUGAGGCUGGUGGACUUGAGAAAACGCUCUUACCAAACAGGGCAGUGCAGAAGAUUAAAGCAGUUUUGACUACAAAACCAACCAGACAAUUGACUGUAUUGCUUCAGGACAUACGUACUCAGAGAAAGGGACCACCUCAUCAGUGGAUGAAAGCUCAUUAUUCUUAUAACAUCUUUAACUCAACAAAGUCAAAAAAAUUCAGCCUCGCUUCCUCUUCCUCUGAGCGGCCUGAGGUGACCUCUGGAGAUGGUUCGCUACUUGCUGGACCCAAAAAACCCUACAAAAUCAUGCAAGUUGAGAGGUUCAAACCUUCGUGUUCACUUUAAGAACACACGUGAAACUGCCCAAGCCAUCAAGGGUAUGCAUAUUCGAAAAGCCACCAAGCAUCUGAAAGAUGUCACUUUGCAGAAGCAGCGUGUGCCAUUCCGUCGCUACAACGGUGGAGUUGGUAGGUGUGCGCAGGCCAAACAGUGGGGCUGGACACAGGGUCGGUGGCCCAAGAAGAGUGCUGAAGUUUUACUGCACAUGCUUAAAAAUGCGGAGUGUAAUGCCGAACUUAAGGGUUUAGAUGUAGAUUCUCUGGUCAUUGAGCACAUCCAGCUGAACAAAGCCCCCAAGAUGCGACGCAGAACCUGCAGGGCUCACGGCCGGAUUAACCCAUACAUGGGCUCUCCCUGCCACAUCGAGAGGAUUCUUACUGAAAAAGAGCAGAUUGUUCCUAAACCAGAAGAGGAGGUUGCACAGAAGAAAAAGAUAUCCCAGAAGAAACUGAAGAAACAAAAACUUACGGCCCCGGGAGUUGAGGGCAUCUCGGCUUUUGCGCUAACACCAUAA